AUGGGAGAGGUUACUUUAAGGAUUAAAUUAAGAAACGGGAAAUGUAUAACUGAUAAAUUUCAUGUUGUUAAAAGUAUAACCACUUAUCAACCAAGAAAUACGACCCCAAAAUGGACUAAUUUAAUCGGGAAAUUAGCUGACGAAAAUUAUACGCAGUUGGGAAAAAUUAAUGUCCUUUUCGGGGUUGGAUUCUGGAUAAAAAUCUUAGAACCUAAGUUACUUAAAUUAGAAAAUAAUUUAACCAUAGCCCAGAAAACAAAACUCGGUUAUGUAAUAUUUGAAACGAAAAAAGAUCCAUAUAAAAAUGAGUAUCCAUACAUCGGAUCGGUUCUAGAGGGCACCUCAAUAAAGCAAUUAUUGGAUCAAAUCAAAAAAUUUUGGGAGGUGGAGGAAAUUUCUUUGGAGAAGAAACGAACACUUGAGGAAGAAAAGUGUGAGGAAAUCUUUAUAAAUGGGCAUUCAAGGGAUAAAACAGGGAGAUACAUAGUAAGAAUGCCAUUUAAUGAAAAGAUCCAGAAGUUGGGAUACUCGAAGAAAAGUGCUCUCCAUCAAUUCUUCAAAAUGGAAUAUAGGAUGAAAAGAAAUCCAGAAUUUGGAGAUAAAUAUCGGUUAUUCAUGUCUGAAUAUGAGGCACUGGGCCAUAUGCAACGCAUUUCUGAAGAAGGCGAAUCGGGUUACUACACCCCACACCACGGAGUACUAUCAUCGGAAAAGUUUCGUGUAGUUUUUAACGCAUCCUCCAAAACCUCAACAGGGAUAACAUUAAAUGAAUGUCAACUAACGGGAGAGAAAUUACAAUCAGAUCUACAAAUGAUUCUACUAAAUUUUAGAAAAUAUCGGUUUGGUAUAACAGCCGAUAUUGAGAAAAUGUAUCGGCAAAUUUUGGUACAUCCAUCCGAGAGAAAGUUCCAGAAAAUACUCUGGAGAGCCAAAGAAGGAGAUCCAAUUGGGGUAUUUGAAUUAAAAACAGUAACAUAUGGACAUACAUGUGCACCUCAUUGUGCAAUUCGAACGCUAAUACAAUGCGCAAUUGAUCAUGAGGAAAAAUAUCCAAGGGCUGCCCAACUAGUUAAAUCCUGCUUCUAUGUCGACGACUUCCUAGGGGGAGGAGACUCAUUGGAAGAGGCAGAAAAAGAAGAAGAACUCAUAUGGACCAAGAGGAAAAUCUUAUCCAGAAUCGGUCAAUUGUAUGAUCCAAAUGGAUAUUUGGGACCGGUCAUAAUGAAAGGAAAAAUGAUAAUUCAAGAAUUGUGGAAGGAUAAAAAGGACUGGGAUGAACAUAUUUCCGGAAGUAUAAAGAAAAGCUGGAAUUUAUUCAAUGACGACUUAAAGAACGUGAACUUGAUAUCGAUAAAUCGAUGGCUGCAAACAAGUAGCCAAGGAAAAAUGGAGUUGCAUGGGUUCUGUGAUGCUUCCGAAAAGGGAUACGGUGUAGGCAUUUAUGUCAGAACAAAGGGAAAGGAAGGAUACCAAACCGAAAUUCUAAUUUCAAAAUCAAGAGUAGCACCGUUGAAAAUCUUAUCCAUUCCGCGUUUAGAAUUAUGCAGUGCCAGCAUCCUAAUGAAUGCAAUAGAAAUGAUUUAUCCCAUUUUUUCGAAGGAGGUAAUUGGAAUUUACUGCUGGACGGAUUCAAUGAUUACUUUACAAUGGAUUAAGAAAGAAUCAUCAACACUGAAAACGUUUGUGGCCAAUCGAGUUGCAAAUAUUCAAAAUACAACAGAGAAAUUAAAGAUAAAUUGGAAUUGGGUUAUGGGAAAGGAAAAUCCAGCUGAUUUAAUUUCACGCGGAACAACCGUUUUGGAAUUAAAGGAUGAGAAAAAAUGGUGGAAAGGUCCAGAUUGGUUAACUACGGCCAAAGAUAAGUGGCCUGAGCAACCAGAAAUGGUAAUUAAAAACGAAAUCCAAGAAUUUCAAAAGGAAUUUAAGACAAUCCAUUUAAUAAACACUGAAACCCGAAAUGAAUUAACUAAAGGGAAAUGGUUUAAAUUUAAAACGUAUAGCCAAAAAGAAUUUUCACUCUUGGACUCUUACAGCAAGAUGAAAACUUUGGUUCGAGUGACUGCUACCAUCUUUAAAGCAAUUGAGAAAUUCAAAAAUCCAAGGAUGAACAAAAUUGGAUUGGAUUUACAAAGAGCAGAAAACUAUUUGAUUCAAAUAGAUCAACAAAGGGACUUUACCAAGGAGUUGGAAUCAAUAAAAAAUGGGAACCUAAAAAUGAUUAAAAAUUUAGUGAUAAUGUGGGACAAGCAGGAUAAAUUUAUUCGUAUUGAUGGGAGAGUACGAAGUGAGAAUCUCACUAGGAACGAACAGUUUCCUAUUCUCCUUAGUGGAGAAAGCACAUUGGCAAAAAUUUUAAUUCGAGAAGCACAUCUUAAAACGAUGCAUGGUGGAAAUCAAUUAACCCUUCAAUACCUACGGAGAAAAUUUUGGAUCAUGAAUGCGAAAAGGUUAAUUAAGGGAAUUUUGAGGAAAUGUCCAAUUUGCUUCAAAAUGAGAAUGAAAACAUCUGAGCAAUUGAUGGCAUCAUUACCAACGUACCGUACAACGCCAUCUAAACCAUUUAGCAACGUUGGAGUGGAUUAUUCCGGUCCAAUACUAUUGAGGUCAACAUUGGGUCGAUUACCCAAACUAACGAAGGCAUGGAUAGCCGUAUUUGUUUGUCUAGUAACUAGAGCAAUCCAUUUGGAACUGGUGAGUGACGCGACAACCGAAGCCUUUAUAGCAGCACUCAGAAGGAUGAUAUCACGCAGGGGAACAGUCACCCAAGUGGUCAGCGAUAAUGGAAGCAAUCUGGUCGGGGCCCAUAACUACAUCCGGAACAUUUUCGAUAGUAUUCAAAAUAAUACGGAAAGACUAGAAGGAGAAUUCAAUCUAAAAUGGAACUUUAUAACACCGAGAGCACCUCAUCAAGGGGGAAUUUAUGAGGCAGCGGUAAAAUCGAUGAAACAUCAUCUAACAAGGGUCAUAGGAGAAACAACGUUAACAUUUGAGGAAUACGCAACACUUCUAAGCCAAGUAGAAGCGUGCGUUAACUCAAGACCGUUAUAUGCAUUAAGUGAUGACCCAACAUCACUCAACGCAUUAACACCUGCACAUUUUUUAAUCGGAGAAGCAUUAAUACAACUCCCCGACGAGGACGACUAUAGGGAAACACCAAUAAAUCGACUCACCAGAUGGAAUCAUAUUCAAAAAAUGACCCAAAACUUUUGGGACAGAUGGCAAAGUGAAUAUGUUGGGACCCUCACAAAUAGAAGUAAAUGGCUGAAAGAAAAUCGCAAUAUUACAACAGGAGAUCUAGUUAUUUUAAAGGAUGAAAAUACACCUCCUGUCAAAUGGAAAAUGGGACGAAUCCAAGAAGUACUCUACGGACAGGAUGGCCUAGUAAGAAACGUUGUAGUUCGAACAGCCACAGGAGUCUAUAAGCGGCCUAUCGUCAAAAUUGGAGUACUCAUUCAAGCCGAAAAGGAAGCUGCGCUAUAA